AUGCUUUCUGCCCCACCCGCGGCGAACAGCCAGACCGCUGGGGCUGGGGCUGGCGGCACCCCUGGAUGUGAGAGGCGGCCUGGCCGGCCAACACCCUCCGAGAAAGCGCCUGGCAUCAUUUCCCCCGCCUACUGCUUUGGCGGCUCGGCUGGGCACGCCUGGUUGCUGGAGGGUUGCUGUGGCUCUGAAGGGGAAGUUUCUCCUAGGCUCAGCGUUGCUUUUCUUGUUCUCUUUAAGGCUAUUAACGUGCUGGAAAACAGAAUGUUAAUGCUUGAUGGGAUGCCUGCAGUCAGAGUCAAAACGGAGCUGCUGGAAUCAGAACAAGGGUCUCCCAACGUCCAUAAUUACCCAGAUAUGGAAGCUGUGCCCCUCUUGCUGAACACCAUGAAGGCAGAUCCAGAAGAAGAGGCCUUGUGCACAGAUCAUUUCCAGACGCAGACUGAGCCAGUGGACUUGUCAAUAAACAAGGCCCGAUCGUCCCCUCUGGCUGCUUCAUCUUCCCCAGUAUCCAUCACAGCAUCAGCACUGUCCCCCUCUUCGACUUCAACGUCCUCUAGUCGGCCAGCUUCAUCCCCAACGGUAAUAACGUCCGUGGCAUCGGCAGCCUCGGCACCAUCAGUAUUAACUCCAGGCCCGCUUGUGGCAUCUGCCUCUGGUGUUGGAGGGCAACAGUUUUUGCACAUAAUCCACCCGGUGCCACCUUCAAGCCCCAUGAACCUACAGACCAACAAAAUGAGUCACGUACACCGCAUUCCAGUGGUGGUGCAGUCGGUACCGGUGGUCUACACUGCGGUCAGAUCACCAGGGAAUGUCAACAACACUAUAGUAGUACCGCUGCUAGAGGAUGGGAGAAGUCAUGUCAAAGCACAAAUGGACCCACGUGGCCUGUCUCCCAGACAAAUCAAGAGCGACAGUGAUGAUGAUGAUGACCUGCCCAAUGUGACUUUGGACAGUGUGAAUGAAACUGGAUCCACUGCCCUCUCGAUAGCCAGAGCUGUUCAAGAAGAGAGCAUGUGGGGCUGUGCCAGGUCAGCAGUUAACCCUUUUCGUUUUUUCAACUCCAGUUCAAUUUCUCCGUUUAGUAUCGAAAGCACGAGACGCCAGAGAAGGUCUGAGUCGCCUGACUCCCGGAAGCGCCGCAUCCACAGGUGCGAUUUUGAAGGGUGCAAUAAGGUUUACACGAAGAGCUCCCACCUGAAGGCUCACCGGAGGACGCACACAGGAGAGAAACCAUACAAAUGUACCUGGGAAGGGUGCACGUGGAAAUUUGCUCGCUCAGACGAACUGACGAGGCACUACCGCAAACACACGGGAGUGAAGCCGUUCAAGUGCGCAGACUGUGACCGAAGCUUUUCCCGUUCAGAUCACUUGGCAUUGCACCGCCGAAGGCACAUGUUGGUCUGAAAAAUGCUACCUUGUCUGUCUGUCCAUAUAUAUAUAUAUAUAUAUAUAUAUAUAUAUAUAUAUAUAUAUAUAUAUAUAAUGAUAUUUCAAGAGCUGGGUCUCUUUUAAGUACAGUGCAUUCAGCAGGACUGAAUCCUGUUUUGAUGGUGUUAGCACAAAAGGGGCGUUCUGCGUUGUCCCCAUAUACACAAAGAAGCAGGAACGAGAAUGCUACAAUCUUCCCUCCCAGCUCAAGCAGGCUGUCCAGCACAGGCCCAAGGCAUCACCUUUGGCUGGGGAUAAACACCUAACUGCAGCAAGAUUGGGCAUUAUUUUCUAACCCACGUCCUUUUAAAAGUAUUUAUGGCUUGUAUUUUUUUUUCUCAACUAUCAACACUUUUUUCUCCUGAAGAAUUUCUGCUAUUACGAAGACUGGAUGUCAUAAACUGUAGAAAAGGACACGUCCUCAAGAGCUUUCUCUUCAUUUGCUGCUGCUGCUGCUGCUUCUUAUUUUUAUUUUUAUUUUAUUUUAUUAUUAUUAUUAAUAUUAAUAUUAUUAUUAAUUUUUUCCCUGUUAAAACACUGCAGAAUAUCACCCUGCCUGAUUGUUGGAAAAAAUCAACAAUUUCCUAAGCCAGCUGAGCAGACUGGAAAGAGGAGGGAUAAAUAAAAAAAUGAAGCUCCUUGAAGUGAAAAAGAUUUCUCAGCACACUUAUGCAAUAAAGAUGGUGGUAUUUGUACAUA